CCUCUCUCCACCGGCCCGGCUGGACCACCCCCGGCAACCCCCGGCUCCGAGAGAUUUCCACAUGCUGCUUUUAUGCAGUUUAAUCUGAAUUUCCCAGAUGAGCCACCUCUACUAAAUACUGUGCUGGAAGUAGAAAUUGAAGAAAAUCUCUGUGACUUGGUGAGAAUUUAUGACUUUCGAGAAUUAACGCCCUCCAAAAUUCUUACUGGAGAUUUCUGCAUUUCAUCGAUCAACUCUUGUAACUGUGAGCCAAAAAGGGACUCCAUGAAAGAUGACAGAAGAAGUUAUUGUUAUAGCCAAGUGGGAUUACACUGCUCAGCAAGAUCAAGAACUUGACAUCAAGAAGAAUGAACGGCUGUGGUUGCUAGAUGAUUCCAAAACGUGGUGGAGGGUAAGAAAUGCAGCCAACAGAACAGGAUACGUGCCAUCCAAUUAUGUGGAGAGAAAGAACAGUUUAAAGAAAGGCUCCUUGGUUAAAAAUCUGAAAGACACAUUAGGGCUGGGGAAAACCAAAAGGAAGACUAGUGCCCGGGAUGCCUCCCCCACUCCUAGCACGGACGCGGAGUAUCCGUCCAACGGCAGCAGUGGUGCCGACCGGAUUUACGACCUCAACAUCCCCGCCUAUGUUAAAUUCGCCUAUGUGGCUGAGCGGGAGGACGAGCUGUCUCUGGUGAAGGGAUCCCGGGUCGUCGUGAUGGAAAAAUGCAGUGACGGUUGGUGGCGAGGGAGCUACAAUGGGCAGAUCGGCUGGUUUCCGUCCAACUAUGUCGUCGAGGAGGCCGAGGAGGCCACUGCCGAUUCCCCGAGUUUUCAAAGUUUGCGGAAGGGCGCGUCGAUGAGUAACGGGCAGAGCCUGAAGAUCCUUCAUGUGGUCCAGACACUGUAUCCAUUCAGCUCUGUUACGGAGGAAGAACUGAACUUUGAGAAGGGAGAAACCAUGGAGGUCAUCGAGAAACCGGAAAACGACCCGGAAUGGUGGAAAUGUAAAAAUUCCCGGGGGCAAGUUGGCCUUGUCCCUAAAAACUACGUAGUGAUCCUAAGUGAGGUACCUGCCAUGAACCCCUCCCAGGCCCCUCAGAUAAGCUACACAGGACCAUCUUCUACAGGACGAUUUGCUGGAAGAGAAUGGUACUAUGGGAAUGUGACUCGACACCAAGCUGAAUGCGCCCUCAAUGAGAGGGGUGUAGAAGGUGACUUCCUUGUUAGAGAUAGUGAAUCUUCGCCUAGCGACUUCUCGGUAUCUCUCAAGGCAUCAGGAAAGAAUAAACAUUUCAAGGUGCAGCUUGCGGACAAUGUCUACUGUAUUGGACAGCGUCGAUUUCACACUAUGGAUGAAUUGGUGGAACAUUACAAAAAGGCACCUAUCUUCACCAGUGAACACGGGGAAAAACUGUAUCUCAUCAAAGCACUUCAGUGACAUCGAAGACGGGCUGACCCCCCUCCCUCCGUACCCCAACCACCAAAUCCUCUUGCAAUUUCAGGCCUUAGGUUCAGCACUUGCUUUGGUAGAGCACAACAGUUCUCCCCAAAAUAGUCUUAAACCCAGGGCUCUUCCUUAACAGGGUUGGCUCUGUUGGACAUCUUUGUCUUUUAUCUUGUUCCUUUGCUGAGUUUCUCUUUUUUUUCUGUCCAUUUCAGUCUUCCUUUCCUCAGGUUGCACACUUGGCUUCAGUGAACGUGGUCGGCACUCACUCUCAUGCCUGGAUUCCAAGGCCUCCCCCUGCCCGUUUACAAAAUUUGGAAAAAUGGGGGAAGCCGGGUCGGAUUGUUUUGUUUUCUAUUCAACACAGUGCAAUUCUGUUUCAGUUGUUCCAGCUGACAGAACUCUUAAUUAAGAGUUAUCGGCCACAGUUUGAAUGGACUGAAGCUGCCCCCGCUGAGAUGAAAUUUCGGAGAUGAGAAACAGUUGUGGCCAUGAGUUCUGUAGCAUUUUGCUUACCGGGUGGUGUAUGACAAAGAUUCCUAGGUUCUAAAAGCACUCCCCAUACUGUCUUCUGCUAUUACAGUGAUUCUCCGUCUCUUCUAUAGAGUCCACUAAGUAAGGCAUUUUUGUAAGAGUACUUUAAACCACUCUGGUAAGAUUGUAGUAAGAGGAAAUUAUCCUAGUGAAUCCUGGUCUGUGAUUGCAACAGGGAGAAUUUCCUUAAAGGCUGAUUUGCUAAGGUGUGAGAGAAAGAGAGAGUCAGGGAUUUAUAAAGACUGAAUGUUUUGGUAAUCUUCAACCGAAUGUGCCAUCCACAUAAUGCUUUUUUCCUCUUGCCCUUCUGCUUGAUGAAUUUAACAAUUAUAUAUUGAAUUCUCAAAGUAAUAUGUAUCUGUAGCUGAUUGUUGACACUAAUACGGAUGAUUAAUAAAAACUGAUCUUUUGGGGAGGGGAGCUACCGACAAUAUAUAUACAUAUAUAUACAUACAUAUAUAUAUAUGUAUACACACACACAUGUAUA